UCAGAGUCUCAAAUUUCUCAAGUUGCAAACUUCAUGGGCCAUGAUUUGAAAAUCCACAAAGAAUAUUACCAACAACCUACUGUGGCGAUUGAUAUAAUUAAAAUAUCAAAUGUCCUAAAGGACGCUCAAUCUUCAGAUUCAGGUCAAAAUAAGAAGAGAGAUGCUAGUGAUUUUUUAAACGAAACUGAUAUGUCUAGUCAAGUGCAGCAAAAACAUAAAAUUUUUAAGAGUUCUGAUGAUAAAGAUUGUAGCCAAAUACAAUUAAAGAACUCAAAAGCUACAAAAGACAAAGGUUUGACAGCUAAGAAGCAAGUGAAGAGGAGCAGGUGGACUAAUGAAGAAAAACAAAUAGUGUUGCAAUUUUUCAAAGAUAACAUUGAAUCUGAGUAUCUGCCAUCUAAAAAACAAAUUUUGAUUGCUCAGCAACAACAUGAAUGUCUACAGAAUAAGAGUGCAGCAACGAUAAAAUCUUGGCUACAUCACUACAUUAAAAAUAAAAAUAAAUAAUGUUGC